UUCAUCGAAAGAGUGCGGAUAUCGACGCGCCAUUUUUCCAUUAGCUAAAACUGGUGGAUUAAAGUAAUUUAUUUAAUUUUAGAGUGAAUUUGUAUUGAGGUUUUAUAAGACAUACGAUGGGACGAAAGAAGAAGAAGCAGAUGAAACCCUGGUGCUGGUAUUGCAACAGAGAUUUUGAAGACGAGAAGAUCCUCAUCCAGCAUCAAAAAGCAAAACAUUUCAAAUGUCACAUAUGCCACAAGAAGCUGUAUACGGGACCCGGCCUGGCUAUACACUGUAUGCAGGUGCACAAGGAAACAAUAGACGGGGUCCCAAAUGCAAUACCAGGCCGAACUGACGUUGAGCUAGAGAUCUAUGGCAUGGAGGGCAUUCCAGAAAAAGACAUGCAGGACAGAAAGCGGGUGCUCGAACAGAAAUCUCAAGAAGGCCAGAAGAAAAAACAAAACCAGGACGACUCUGAUGAAGAUGAUGACGACGAUGAUGAUGAAGCUCCUGGUCCUUCGGUGGUCCCUCAACCUGCUGUCCAGCCACAGGGUGCCUACAUGCCUCCUGCAAACUACCCAGGUAUGCCCCCUAUGAUGCCUGGUGUGCCACCAGUCAUGCCUGGAAUGCCUGGAAUGCCUGCAAUGAUGCCCGGCAUGCCACCUGGAAUGAUGCCAAUGGGAGGAAUGAUGCCCCCAAGGCCUGGAAUGCCUCUGAUGAUGCCAGGCAUCCCCCCAGGAAUGCCACUUCAUGUACCCCCCAGGCCUGGCAUGCCCCCGAUGGCUCAGCCAGUACCGGUGACUGCUCCAGGAGUUCCACCCAGACCAGCUGCACCAGUUGCCCAGUCCACUGCUACCAAACCCCUCUUCCCUAGUGCUGCUCAGGCUCAGCAGGCGGCGCCCACACCUACUGAGCCUCCGAAACCAACAUUCCCGGCGUACACUCAGCCUCCUUCGUCAUCAUCCUCGUCCUCUUCUGUUCCCCCUGGCUCUGCUAGUAGCACUGUGGCUAAACCAGCGUCCACAGUCCCUGCAAAGCCAGCCACCAUCUCCAGCUCCAGUGCUACCAGUAAGUUGAUGCAUCCUGAUGAGGAUAUCUCGCUGGAGGAACGACGAGCUCAGCUGCCUAGGUAUCAGAGGUUAAUGCCUCGGCCUGGCCUACCUGUAACUGUUUCAGCGCCCCCUACUGGACCUAUGGGUUCAAUACCCCCACAACAGCCACCUGUCAGGCACCCCAUGCAUGGUCAGUAUGCUGCUCCUCCUCAGAGAAUGCCAGGCUACAUGCCACCGUAUGGACAGGUGCCCCAGUACCAGGGCAUGACCCGAUACUGACACGUGGUUAGGUUUGCCCUUAUUUUGUGCGGUUAAUUUAGCCAAUAAAAACUGAGCUGCGCACCCACAGAUGAAGAUUUGAUAUCACACGGGACAUUUCAAUCACAUUAACCAAACACACACACAAACACACACACACAAACACACGCGAGAAUUACAACCAUGUGAGGUGUGUGGAUUUUUUUCAAUACGUUAUUUUUCUUAUUGUGUUUUAUUUAGGUUGUACAAAUGUUUAACAGUCAGCAGUAUCAACAUUACCUCAAGGCAAGUUCCCCCAUAAUACCUAUUAUAAUGAUCGUUUUUGUUUGGUUGUGCUUAAUGAAGCCUUCACAGCACAUUGACGUGCUGUUGGACUCCAGGUCCCCAACAUUGGUUUGGUGAGGGCUUCAGCGCAGGCAUGUACCCAUAAAAGCUGCGCUAGAUAUCACAAUAUUCCAAAUUUCAUCUCAUUACAGAGGAGGCUGUCUACAUAUAUGUAGGUGCCACCAUGUUGCUGGCAUAGUGUUGUUUCACUCUGAAGUUUGAGGACAGCAGUUUCCUCAUUUUGGACAUAUUUAAAACCAAUCAGAUUUUUUGAUGAACGCAAGUCACUUUUGCUUAAAUUUUUUAAAUGUACUGGUGCAAAUAUGUUUAUGGUCUGAAAAGUGGAGUUAUUGUGAUAUGAGAUGUUAUGGGCACAUGCCUGUUUCGGGUGUCCCGUGUUUGUGGGUUGUACUUUGAUUCAGGGCUUAAAUUUGGCUGUGUGUUUGGACCAUUUUUUUUUUUUUUUUUUUUUUUUUCGAAAAUGUAAUAAUAAACUUCUUAAUUUUUCUUCUUGA